AUGGCAGAGAAAGCAUGCCUAGCCAUUAUAUACGCUUCACAGAGGUUGCGUCACUAUUUCUUGGCCUACGAAGUAUGGCUGAUGACUAAGUCACAUGCCAUUAAAGCUCUGUUACAACAGCCGAUUCUCUCCGGCAGGAUAUCUCAGUGGUUGCUACAAUUAUCACAAUACGACUUGAGAAUGGGGACACCUAGGGCAGUGAAAAGUCAGGCUAUAGCAGAUUUAUUGGCGCAGUUUCCAGGAGAGGAAGAAUUCCCACUAGAUGAUGAAGUUCCAGGGGAAGUAGCUAUGGCAGAGGAAGUCAGGGAACAGUGGGCAAUGAAAUUCGAUGGGUCUUCUACUACCCAUUCCGAAGGGGUAGGAGUAGUUCUGUAUCAUGAGGAAGACAAGGCAGUGGCGCUGUCAUUUAAGUUGGAAUUCCCCUGUUCAAACAACACGGCGGAGUACGAGACCUAUUUAACUGGGCUUGUCACGGCGCUCGAAAUGGGAGUCAAACAUUUGAAAGUAUCGGGAGAUUCGAACUUGGUCAUUUGCCAGGCCAAAUGA